CUCCGUCAUAGUUGGGAUGCCCAACGCCACUUCUGCAUGAGCGUUGGAGAGGCUGCGAUCUGGCAUGCAUUGAUUGCUAAAGAUGUGAAAAUGGCGGAGUUACAAAUGCUUUUGGAAGAGGAGAUUCCAGCUGGACGUAGUGCUUUAUUAGAUAGUUUUACCAAUUUGGAAAGAGUUGCCGAGUAUUGCGAAAGCAACUAUGUUCAGUCACCAGAUAAGCACAGAGCGUUGGAGGAGACUAAGAACUACACCACCCAGUCUCUGGCCAGCGUAGCCUACCUGAUCAACACCUUGGCCAACAAUGUCCUGCAGAUGCUUGACAUUCAGGCCUCCCAGCUCCGCCGCAUGGAAUCCUCCAUCAACCACAUCUCACAGACAGUGGACAUCCACAAAGAGAAAGUGGCCAGGCGGGAGAUUGGCAUCCUGACCACCAAUAAGAACACCUCUCGCACACAUAAGAUCAUUGCUCCGGCCAAUCCAGAGAGGCCGGUGCGCUACAUCCGCAAGCCAAUCGACUACAGCCUGCUGGAUGACAUGGGCCACGGAGUCAAGUGGUUGCUAAGGUUUAAGGCCAGUGCUCAAAACAUGAAGGCCGGAGCCACAGGUCUCCCUCGCACCAACCCACCCACACAGAAGCCGCCAAGCCCACCCAUGUCAGGGAAGGGAACCAUUGGGCGCCACUCCCCCUAUAGGACACUCGAGCCGGUGCGUCCUCCCGUUGUCCCUAACGACUACGUCUCGAGCCCGACGCGCCAUGGCAACAUGGCGCCCCCACAGCAGAGCCCUGCACGCACUGCGUCUGUUAAUCAGAGGAACCGCACGUACAGCAGUGGCAGCAGUGGAGGCAGCCACCCCAGCAGCAGCAGCCGCAGCAGCAGCAGAGAGAAUAGCGGCAGCGGCUCCGUGGGCUUGCCUAUCGCCGUGCCAACGCCUGCCCCGCCCCCCACAGCAUUCCCAGGUGCCCCCCAGUUCUUCAGCAUGAACCGGCCGGUGCAACCACAGAACCCUCCUGCGGUGGGGGGGUCUCUGCCAUACCGCCGGCCCGCGUCAUUAACAGGCCAGCCCAACUCCAACAUGGCCCUGAACCAGCCCCAGCCCAACGGAGGACCCCACUUCAACCAGGUCCCAGCAGGUCCUCUUGUUGCCCCCCCUCCCCCCUCCAUGCAGAUCACUCCUCAGCUCCCUCUGAUGGGCUUUGUGGCUCGGGUACAGGAGACCAUCUCAGACGUGCCCCCUCCCCCGCCCCCUGUAGAAGAAGCUGUGUUUGAGGAACCCACCCCGCCCCCUCCAGAGGACUAUGAGGAUGAUGAUGAGGAGGAAGAAGAGUCGGCCGUGGUGGAGUACAGUGAUCCCUAUGCAGAGGAGGACCCCCCGUGGGCCCCACGCACCUACAUGGAGAAAGUGGUGGCGAUCUACGACUACGCGGCGGACAAGGAGGACGAGCUGUCCUUCAACGAGGGCGCCAUCAUCUACGUCAUCAAGAAGAACGACGACGGCUGGUACGAAGGAACGAUGAGUGGCACCACCGGCCUCUUCCCUGGGAACUACGUCGAGUCCAUCAUGCACUAUGCCGACUGAGGAAGAGGAGAGGUUAUAAGAAGGUCAAAGACUUUGUUAGGCAGAGCAUGAUCACAUUGAGGAAGUUAACGAGGAAGAGAUGAGCGUUCAUGAAGAGUAUUUAACUAUCCUCAACCGGUCUACCAGAUGAAGUACAUUGUACAACGGCCACUUGUAGAUAUUUCCUGUGUUUUUGAAUGAUAUGAGACUUUAUGGUGGGGGGUUUUUGUAUGUACUAUUAGGGCUUCAUUUUGUCUUUACUAUUAUUUUAAGGAAGGCUACAAGGAUUAUUGUGAUUUAAAAAAAAAGAAAAAUCUCAUUUCCUUUGGCCCUUACUUUUAAGUUUUAUUUAUUUGGACCAUGUAUUAUAUAGGGAGGGAUGGUACAGUGGCCAGGGCUGCUGAUUAAGGAUAGAAAUAGAUGUCAGAUAAUCCUGAUGAAGUUCUCUACUCUCAGCCCAAGAGAAGACGCGAGAUGAAUGUUUUUUUUUUUUUUUUGACACUCCCCGAGCCUUUCUAGACUCAUAUUAUAUUUGAUUUAAAACCAGGAGCAGCUCCUAUUGGUUAGUGGGAUUAGGAGAUGGAUUGUUGCGCUUGAACUUUAUACAAUGUCACGUUAGGCGAGAAGACAAGCACAUACUGUAUGUCUACAACAGCUAGAUAUUAGUGGUGGGUAAGACUGGAGGGGAAAAAGACUGAAACUGAUUUGUUUUCAGCUCACCUGAACACCCAUUUUGAAACUCUCUUCAGUUUGGAUUCAGUAGUUAAUGAAUUGGUUCUGGCCCAAGGCUAGCUAGGGCAGCUUAGAACACUAGGGCUUGGAGCAUGCUCAGUCACUACUUCACUUGCCUCACUUCACAGGCCAGAUGGGUAGAGCAGUGUUUCUCAACCUUGGGGUCAGUUCUAGUUUUAAUUGAAGAUGUUGGCUUCCAUGGCACAAAACAAGUUUGAGAAACACAACGCAAAAUUAGUGAGUCUUAAGUCUCUUCCUUACCUUGUAAUCAAGACAGAGAAUAGAUUGACUUUGACUGUCUGGGAGUCUCUUUUAGGAAGAUAAAUACUCUGGCCACUCAUUUGCAUCAAUGAUUUCAAUAUUUGAUGCUUAUUCGUUCUUAUUGUAGUGGGUCUUCACCAAAGCGUGGCAGAUGGCAUGCUUUUGAAAAAAAAAAAUUCAACAGUCUCCUUUUCUGCUAUAUUAUUCCUGUCUUAAUAUUUUAGAUAUAUGGUGUGGUUAUUGGUUUGGUUUUAAAUAUUCACCCAUAUUACCAUCGUUGACAGGUGGGGUUUCAUGAUGCAUUUAUAGGUGAUAAAGGAAGCUUGUGCCAUAUUGAAGUGUGCGUGUGUAGGUGUCACUUCCAUUUGCAAUAAAAUAAAAAGCCAGUGGGAUGGGUUUGAAAAUGUAGAUCUUUAAGUUGUUUGGGAUUGAAAGCACAUGUGGUAAGAGUGAAUUGUUACUGAAAUAAAAUUUAAACUGUGUUACUGCCUCAGAUGAGGACUAAUAUUAAAGUGAGCCGUUGUAGAAAUUAUCCAACAAACCGGCACCAAAACCUUUCAAUGACUCCAUCAUGCUGAAACUGAUGCAUUGAGUGUGUUUAUAUAGUCUCUAGAGGUACAAGUAUUAUUGCCAAUGUGCUUGGCUGUGUCUGAGGGCUCUGUGCUUGUCUGUCAGUCAAAUCCUUUAUUUUUUAUUAAAAGUGGGUCUGUUGA